AUGAUGUUCACCGAUGGUCUAGACGAAAACGCGAUCCAAUGGAUCAAGCAGGGAACACAAGCUAAAGAAGAGUCUCCCAUAAAGUCUCCUCUAACAGAGAAAAUUACAUCUGACCCAUUUCCAAGAUCUCCUCUUUUGAGCAGUGGUAACAGUCUGAAUUCUUCAGUUUUGCCUCCAUUGAAGUUUCACUCUGCCUUGUUGGCUCCUCGGAACCUUGCUUUUGGUUUUGGUGAUCAUGGCGGGGACAGUGAUGAAAGCAUGGCUUCAUCCCCUGAGCAUGGAAAUUUCUCUGAGGAGGAAGAAGAAGUCUCUGGUCCCAAUAACCUUGAUUACUCGGAUAGGCCAAUAGCACAGUGUUAUGAUGAGGAACAACUGUUUGGUUGUAAGCUCGUUAAACCUGAAGGGCACAAUGGGAUUCUGAAGAGAGGUUUGGCCAAUGAAAAUCUAACCAUUCAAGUUCCAAACUGUGUCAGAAGAUUUACAGAUGGAGAAUUGGGUUUCAAGAAAUGUGUUCAAAAGAAGCUGACUCCGUGUGGGGGGGUUCAGCUUCAAAAGCAACAUCACCAGCGUAAUCUGAAUUGCCUUGAUGACCCAAUUGAAUUUGGCACUCCAAGUGCUCCUCCUAUCAUUGGUGAUAAUUCAGAAGGCUCGGUAAGAGUAACGAAUGAAGGAACUGACCAUGGAUCUUGGCCAUCAAAAGAAUCAAUGGAUUGUGAUGGGAGAAGUGAGAGUUCAAUUGAACAAAAACCCAAAAUUUUUGUAAAAGCCACUGAGACUGGUGAAAGUUCUUCCUUAACAGUUGCCAUGUCCUUUUGUUGCAAUAGUCAAUAUGCCUGGCAAACCCUCAUCACUUAUGAUGCCUGCAUACGUUUAUGUCUUCAAGCAUGGGCAAGAGGCUGCACUGAGGCACCAGAGUUUUUAAAAGAGGAGUGCCUGGCUCUUCGAAGUGCCUUUGGAUUGCAUGAGUUCUUGUUGCAACCUCGAGGUGUAAAGCCAUUUGAAGGCAGGAAUACAAGGAAUUCAGAACAAACAAUUCCCCUGAAGAUGAAGAAGGUUGUAGGGAAAAUAAGAGUGGAAGUGAAGAAACUUCGCAUUAUACCAAGACGAAAACUUAAGAACACAAUUUCACAGCGAGGAUCAAUCUACAUGCUAGCUGGGGUGGAGUAUGUCCAGCAUGUUUCAUCACUUGUAAAAGUUGGCAUAAAUUCUAUGAAGUUAGCCUCGUUCUCAAUGACAUCAGAAGAGCCACUACAUUGUUUAAUCCGACUUAAGAGUACAACAGAAGAAAAUGAUUCAGAGCCAUGUUCUGCAAUUUUUUUGCGCCCUGGAAGUGGAGAUUACCAUGAUUUUUUCCCAUUGAACCAAGGGGAUGCUUUACUCGUAGAAGUCCAAGAUCCUAAAAAGGCAAUCCACGGUGAGGCCAGAAUUCCAAUUUCAUCCCUCAGUGAUAAUCCUACUGACAGAAUUCAGUGGUGGCCAAUAUAUCAUGAUGAACAUGAAUGUGUUGGCAAGAUCCAGCUCUCCAUUGGCAGGACAAUGACAAGCGAUGAGAACAAUCAUAUAAAGAGUGCACCUGUUGUGGAAACUCAAGCUUAUGAUUUGUUGUUGGAGGGUGCCAUGCGUGCACAACAUUUCCACUCCCGAAACUUGCGGCUAAAUGGGCCUUGGAAAUGGUUGUUAGAUGAAUUUGCAGAUUACUAUGAGGUUUCUAAUUCAUAUGCUAAAUUGAGAUAUCUAUCACAUGUCAUGAAUGUGGCAACUCCAACCAAGGACUGCCUAGAGCUUGUGAGAGAGUUGCUUGAACCCCUAAUAAAGGCCAGAAGUGACCGGAGUCUGACCAGGCAGGAGAGAAGUAUACUUUCGGAUUGUGAAACUCAAAUUGAAAGUCUUCUGGCUACUGUUUUUGAGAAUUACAAAUCGCUAGAUGAAAACUCACCUACAGGUUUAACUGAUCAUUUUGGGCCAGCAUUUGAUUCUGCAGCACCGGCCCUGGAUCCUGCCGUACAAGUCUAUUGUAGUCUUCAUGAUAUACUGUCUCUAGAUGCUCAAACUAUUCUAAGAAACUAUCUGCAGACUGCAGCAAGAAAAAGGUGCAGAAAACACAUGAUGGAGACUGAUGAAUUUGUGUCAAGCACUUCUGAAUGUUACCAAAUGGAUACCGUUACCUUCUCAACGGCAUACCUAAAGAUGAAAAACCUUUGUGUUUCUAUAAGAAAUGAAAUUCAGGCAGACAUAAAGAUCCACAGCCAGCAUACAAUCCACCGUCAGCAUAUAUUCCCCAGCUCCAUUGACCUGACAAACAUCACAGCAGCCGUUUACAGCACGGAGCUGUCUAAUAGGCUGAGAACUUUCCUUUCUGCAUGGCCACCAUCGAGUCCACAGACACAUGUGAAUGAGCUUCUAGUUGCAAUUGCAGACUUUGAACGGGAUCUUGAGUCAUGGAAUAUAAGUCCUGUGCAGGGAGGUGUAGACUCCAGAAAUUUAUUCCACAACUAUAUCAUGGUGUGGAUACAGGAUAUGCAACUUAGUUUGCUUGAUUUAUGUAAAGCAGAAAAGGUGCCAUGGGCUGGAGUAAUCACAAACCAUUCCACCUCCCCAUUUGCUGAGGAAAUGUAUGACAAAGUCAAAGACAAUCUUAUCCAGUACGAAGUAGUAAUCAGUAGAUGGCCUCAAUACUCACUUUAUUUGGAAAGUGCUGUUGCAAAUGUUGAAAGGGCAAUCAUGAAAUCCCUUGAGAAACAAUACAGUGAUAUCUUAACUCCUUUGAAAGAUAGCAUACCUAAGAGACUUCACUUGCAAGUUCAAAAGCUGGCAAGAAGACAAUCAGCUACUGUUCAGUUGGUUCCUAAUCAAUUGGGAAUAUUCUUGAACACCAUCAAGAGGAUUCUUGAUGUCCUCCAUUGUAGAGUGGAAGACAUCCUAAAUUCAUGGGCAUCCUGUCUCCCUGUCGUGGUAGAUAAGAAGACACUGUUUGGAGAGCAAAUGAACGGAAUCACUGUUCUAUUGAGAACCAAAUACAAAACUUAUUUGCAAGCAAUAAUAGGGAAUCUUGUCAACAAUAUGCAAGCUAAUCGGAGCACACGGCUGAAAAAGAUCCUUGAGGAAACAACAGAAGCAGAUGGAGAGGCAGAAAUCCGUGAAAGAAUGCAGUUGCUGAAUUCACAACUCAUUGACUUUAUUUCCAACCUGCAUGAGGUCUUUACUAGCCAGAUCUUUAUAGCAACAUGUCGUGGAUUAUGGGAUAGGAUGGGAGAGAUUAUUUUGAAAUUUCUCGAAGGGAGGAAAGAAAACAGGAUAUGGUACAAUGGAUCUUGCUAUGCUCUUGGGAUAUUGGAUGACACAUUUGCUUCCCAGAUGCAAAGAUUGCGAGGAAAUGCAUUGCAAGAGAAGGAUAUUGAGCCUCCUCGCUCGGUGAUUGAAGCCCGCUCUAUUCUUUGCAAAGACACAACAAAUACAACCGACCCAUCUACUUACUUUUACAUAUAG